GGAGCCGGCGCCGCCCGGCGGAGAGGAGCGAUGCCGCGGCUGCAGCGCCGGGGCUGGUAGGCUGCGGGGCGCCGCGCCAUGGAGAGCCCGCUGGCGCGUUGCAAGAUCGUGGUGGUGGGCGACAGCCAGUGCGGCAAGACGGCGCUGCUGCACGUCUUCGCCAAGGACGCCUACCCCGAGAACUAUGCCCCCACUGUCUUUGAGAACUACACGGCCAGUUUUGAGAUCGACAAGCAGCGCAUAGAGCUUAAUAUGUGGGAUACUUCAGGCUCAACGUACUACGAUAACGUGCGCCCUCUCGCCUACCCUGAUUCAGACGCUGUUCUCAUCUGCUUUGACAUCAGCCGUCCUGAGACCCUGGAUAGUGUCCUGAAAAAGUGGCAGGGGGAGACACAGGAGUUCUGCCCCAGUGCCAAGGUGGUACUCGUGGGAUGCAAACUGGACAUGCGUACUGACCUGAACACUUUGCGGGAGCUCUCCAAACAGCGCCUUAUCCCUGUCACACAUGAGCAGGGCAGUCUGCUGGCUCGGCAGCUGGGUGCCGUAGCUUACGUGGAGUGCUCUUCCAAGGUGUCGGAGAACAGCGUUCGGGAUGUUUUCCACGUGACCACAUUGGCCUCUGUCAACCAUAUGCACAAGCACCUCAAGCGGAGCAGCUCCAAACGAGGGCUGAAGCGGGUCUCACAGAUGUCUGGGCGGACGGACUUGUUGACUGACUCGGAGAUCCGCAAGGACCGCGCCAAGAGCUGCUUGUUGAUGUGAGAGGAAAGGAGACCCCCCCGCCCUGAGGGGAUGAACCUUAUAGCAUUGCGUGUCUUGUUCAUCUCUUUUUGUCAAGAAAAUGGCUGUGGGGAGGUCUCUGCGCUGAGGGCUACAUUCCUCAGCUCCCUCCCCGACUAGGCAGGGAGGGCUCUGCCUUGUCCCUGAAGUUACAAACACAGCACGUACUGUGGAAACUUCUGGAGGGGUGACAGUUGCUCAGGACUCAGAAAUGCUCAGGUAGCAGAUAUCCUGCAGCAGGAAGGAAGGAGCACAUCACUGUGGGUGGCACAGAGGGAAGAAAAAUACUUCAGGUUCUUAGAAGCAACUCUUUUAGAGAUAGCCUCCAAUGUCUAGGUACCCAGGCAACUGGCUGUCUGGUGGCUUUCCAGCUGUAGUGUAUGGCAGUCUGUUGUGUGCAUGGCAUUUUGUGUGUGCGAGCCUGUGUGUGUGUUUUUGAAAUGUAUGUGCAGUUGAGAUGUGGGGCUGGUGCCCGCACUUCAAGCUCGUCAUAAAACAAAGAGGAGAGUGGAAGACAAAACGGUUUCCAUUGAGGAGAGAUGAGAGGGGAAUGGUGAAGGACAAAACACAGCUGAGACCCUGAGGCAGUUGAGCACUUCACAGCCUUCUGAGCAAGCAGCCAGUGUGCUGCACAGUAGCCCCUCACAGGGCUGCUGGUGCUGUGGAGGCAAAGAGGUGAGCGCUCUCUUUCCUGUCCCUCCUCCAAAGUCACGUCUGCUAGAGCUGAAACCUCCCCCCCCCCCCGUGUUGCAUGACCCCUGUGUCUGUUAUCUGCUUCCCAAGAAGCAACGGGGCUGAGGAACUGCUCACCGCUGCAGUGACAUGUCAGGGAAGUGGCCAUAUCUCCCCCUUUCCUGGCCUCUCCUCGCUUCAAACGCUUUUGACUGCUAUGUGAUGAUGCCGAAGUGCCCGCUGGUUGCUUUUGUUUGGUUUGGUUUUUUUCCCCUGCAAAGGGGAGAAGAGGGUAGCGCAGUUUCCUGUGCCACAGAUAGUCAAUAAAUUGUGCUAAUUACAAACCAGAGGAGUCUGGAUGGUGUAUUGCUAUUUUUUCCCCCAUUUGCAGUGCUGAUUUUAAGUGGUUUGGAGGGGGUGUUGCUCUGAAAAAUACGCUUUGGUGUUGGAGGGAGGGGCAGUGUUUCUUCAGACAUGUUUGCACCUCAAGUUUCUUCUCCGUCAUCCUUCUGUGAGGUUUCAAGAGCUGCCAAAACCAGGGCAAGAUUGUUGGUUGGUACAGAGGAACAUUCCCUUAAAUUUCCCUUGCGAGGACUCCAUUUGAUUUAAAUGUGCGUGUGAAGGAGGGGGUGGGGGGAAGUCCCAUUGGCAUUCAUGCUCAUGCUGCUGUCUGCUGUGGAGCAGGGAGGGGAGAGUUUUGGGGAGUCUUUUGGGUGGCUGGGAGGAUCCCGAGGAACUUGGUAGUGCUUUUCUGCUGCACCUGAGGAAAGUAUUUAAGGGCUGGGUAAGACAAAGAGCAUUUUUCCUAAAAUGGAGGUCUAUUAACUUUCAGCACAGCGUUCUCUCUCUUCCCCUGGCAGUAUAGAGAACUCUUCUGUGCAGCCAUGGUUUGUGGUAAAUUUUUACGGCGGACCAGUUCUGGGGUCCAGCCUACCUAGAAGCCAUUCCUUCUGGCAUGAAAGGGGGCAGCCUUUGCUUCCGCAGUUCUGAGAGGGACAUACAUAUGGUAUGUUCAGAAACACUCUGCUGUGGUGUUCCUUUGCCUCUUCCAGGGCCUGGGGCCUAGGGCAGAUUCUGAAGCCAAGCCCUGCCUCCUGCCAGACUCUGGGCAAGCGGUCUCCCCUAGCCCGCUUUAAGGCUCUGGGCUUUCUCAGCCACAGUUUGUGGCAUUCUGCCAGGCCCCAGAUCUGGCAUCCUAAGGGAGUGAGCCACUCUCUGCAGCCACUCUCUGCAGGACGAGGGGCUGGGUGCCUUUCCUCAGGCCGAGGGAGGCUAUUCUCUUGCCGCAUUAGCAGGGGCUGCCUGUUCCUGCUUGCCUGCCAGCAAAAGCACUAUUGUCUGCCUGCUGGGCACAGUAGGCCCAUUGUCUUUGCCUUUCAGCAGCUGUGCCUUUGGCAGCCUGGACCGGGUCUGGGAUUUUAGGCCCGGUCAUCCCAGGCCACGGUAAGUCCCGCAGAGGCUGGGCUUGCCUCCAGACCUCAGCAAGAUGAGUCCUGUCGACUUCGGAAGGCCAUGCCCCCUAAUUGUCUGGAGGUUGAAGAUGUGACCGGGGGGAGUCAAAUGAUCACCUCAGGAUCUUGUGUUUGUUGGAACAGAAACCUCCAUGGCAGCCUUUGUGCAAAGUGACAGGGUAGAGUGUGGUGGUGUGUAAGGGGGAGAAGCAAGCUGGUCCUCAGCAUGACGCGUCUGCCACCAGGCCAAAUAAUUCUUCAGGGUUUAGGAAUUUCUUCAUCACCACUAAUGCAUAAUUUCCCCUCAAGAGGGCAAUUCCACCUCACGGACCCAGUUUUUGCUGCUCCCCCGGCCUAGCCCCUACCUUUUGCCCUUUGCUCUCAGCUUGAGGGAUGGUUUGAGGCUGAACAACCCCCACAUGGUGGGCCAAAUGGGCCUUCUAUUUUUCCCUUUUGUUGGCAGAUCACAGGAUGACAUGUCCCACUUUCCAGGGAUUAGCUAGAUGUCAGAUCUGGCCCAUUUUAAUGCCUGUCCUCUAGGACACAGAGUGCCUCUUAGCAUGUGCAGAGUGCAUUCUAGCCACAGCUAGUCCUCUCAUUGUAGUGGAAGACACAUGCCCUUGUCUAUCACCUGUUAAUCCUGCCUUUCUCCAAGGAACUCCAGGUGGUGUAUAUGGACUACUGCUCCCUAGAAGUGUCAUGACUGAGAAGGAAUUUGAACCCAGGUUUCCCUGCUCCUGGCCUGCUUUUUUCUCUCUGAAAAAGCUGAUUCUGGCUGUUUGCCUCGCCUGCCCUGUGAAUGAGCUUUGCUGUUGAGCGUGAAAGAGGAUUGCAUCAUGUGGCUGCAGUGCUUUUCCUGUCUGUGAAGAAGCCCUUUGUGAUGAAUUAAUCCUGUAUUUAGUGUAAUGAUGCUGGACCCUAAACGAGCCUCAAUUAUUAAUGUACAAUUUAGAACGCCUUUAUUAAUCAUUAAUAGCAUCCUUCCAGUGUGCUGUUUAUAAAAGCUUCAUGAACUCCAAAGUUAACUAGCAGUGGAAGCCUGAGCCCAGGAAAAGUGAUGGCCCAAGAAACUUACCAAAGGUUCCUUUUUCUAAAAGGACAGUUUGCUUCCAAGUUUAUGAAGGCCAGCAGGAGACAGGCAAGGGUGUUGUAGGCCAUAAGAUUGGGUCUCACCAACCGUGGAUGGCAUGCCCGUGGCAUUCAGGUCUUGUAAAACUCUUUUCAAUACCCCUUUCUGAGCAUAGUGCCUUUUGCCUCUUACAAACCAGGUGGCAGGCUCAGCAAGAGAAAAGAGCCCCUUACGGUUUCUGUGUGGGAGGUGCCCAGUCCCAUGCCUGAAAUAAUUGUGUUUAAUGCCUAAAAGUGAGAGCUGGGACUGCUGCAUGUGUCCUAAUUUGAGAGCCCUGCCCUCUUGGUGCUUGUGACUAUCUGAACUUUGCACGAGUCCUGAGAGAUUCUCUAUAAGCGUUGGCCUCAAGACCGAAAAGAGACAAGUCCUGGCUCAAACAAAGUACCACCCUGGAGAGCAACAAGCAUCGAGGUCAGUGACAAGAAGGCACAAAUCUGGCAGGGGUGUGUAUGUGGGGAGGAUCCAGGACUGCAGCCUAUCCUGGGACUGGCCCAGCUGAAGAAAGGGUAAAAGGAUGGGACCCACAAAAAACUCUUCCUGUUUCCAGCUGCACAUGACUGCCAAGUGAUACAGUCACACAUAUAACAGGCCAACACACAAACCUACACAGUCCAGAGUCCUAUUCUGCUACAAGUGCAAAGCAAGAACUGAAACAGCAUGUAACUCAUGCAGAUAAAUCCAUAGGAGAGCACUGAAAACUCAUUCAGAGCAGAUCUCUCAAGAAACUGAGCCAUGCUGCGGGACAGGCACUGAAUCCAUGGCAGAGUAUUCCAAACCCAGGCAAAGCAGCAGCUCUCUCAAAAAAGUGAGCCAAACCACAGAAUCAGUGAAUCCACAGCUCAGAUAAUGCAAAGCCUGUGCAGAUGUUCACAUACACAUAUUUUCUUUCAUCCUGUCCUUGAUACACUGAAUGACUUGUUCUGCUGGCUGCUGCUUCCCUUCUGUUGGCGGGCCUUGGUGGGGUGGCUGUCCCUGAUGCUUACCAAGCUAGCCACAUAGAGAAACUAUGCAGCCACAAGGCUUCACAUAAAUCACUCUGUCAGGAUGGUACUGGGGUGCUCAGGGCUAAAAGCCAAGGAAUUGUGGCUAGGCUUGGUGGCUAACUGUUAGUUUCUACUGAAGGGCCCUUAAGUGAAUCACACCACAACAUUAUGUGUAAUAAUUCUUAGCCUAAUCAGAUCAAUAACUGAUUAAUAAAAGCAAAAGCAUUCUUCAAACUCAAGCUUUGUUAUCUUCAGUCUUAUAUUAAUUACUACAAAAUGAUUUUUCUUUUAUGCAGUGAUCAAGUUUGUAAUGUCUUGACCAUUUUGCUCUUCCAAUUUUUUAUU